AUGGAAUUUGUUUGCACUGAUUCAUCCGAUGGCACAAUCACAUCCGGUGGCUACUCUGAUCACAUGGUUGCUGAUGAGCACUUUGUGUUGCAUUGGGCAGACAAUUUGCCACCUGAUUUCGGUGCUCCAUUGCUAUGUGUUUUGAUCACAACUUGCAACCGAACAAAAAAUACUACACCUAGCAUGGAAGGUUCUAUAGAUAUUGUUUCUUCUGGUCGUGGCUUGCAACAAAUGCUUGAAAUAAGGAAAAAAAACAAACACAGCGUCAACGACGCGCAUGAUUCCCCUCUAGUUAUUAUCAUUAGACAAAACUGCAAAAAUGGUCUAUGUUUUUCAAUAGCAAGGGCUGCUGAACUGUCGCCGGAAUUCCAUCGGCCAACGGAGUCGGUGCGGUUAGGUUUCAGAAAAUUCUUCGGUUGUCGAUUAUACUUCUGUCCCUACCAUCCCCUUCCUGCAAAAUUCUUCCUCCUUCAAUUACUCUGUGUUUCUUGA